GAAAUUUGAAAGUUAACCUGUUUUUAUAUGCCAAAGUUUAUCGAUAUGAUAAUAUUGCAACUCAAUUGACCUUUGUUCGUAUCCGGUUGUCAUCUCUCUUUCCUUUUGUUUUGAGCUUCUGAGUGACAGGUUAAAAAUGGGUCGUCGACCUGCAAGAUGUUAUCGCUACUGUAAGAACAAGCCGUAUCCAAAAUCGCGGUUCUGUCGUGGUGUACCCGAUCCCAAAAUCCGCAUUUUUGAUUUGGGCAGAAAGAAGGCUAGUGUGGAGGAUUUCCCACUUUGUGUCCAUUUAGUUUCUGAUGAAUACGAACAAUUGAGCAGUGAGGCUCUGGAAGCUGGUCGUAUUUGCUGCAACAAGUAUUUAGUAAAAUACUGCGGAAAAGAUCAAUUCCACAUCCGUAUGCGUUUGCAUCCAUUCCAUGUAAUUCGCAUCAACAAAAUGUUGUCGUGCGCUGGAGCUGAUAGGCUUCAAACUGGAAUGAGAGGCGCUUUCGGAAAGCCACAGGGCACAGUUGCACGUGUCCGAAUUGGACAACCAAUUAUGUCGGUGCGCUCAAGCGACCGGUACAAGGCACAAGUUGUAGAAGCUCUCCGUCGUGCCAAGUUUAAGUUCCCUGGACGCCAAAAGAUUUAUGUUUCGAAAAAAUGGGGGUUCACUAAGUACGAUCGCGAGCGUUACGAAGAACUUCGCGAUGAUAAUCGCCUGGAGCAAGAUGGAUGCAAUGUCAAAUACCGCCCAGAGCAUGGGCCAAUGGCUGCAUGGGAAAAGGCUCAGCGUGACGUCUAUGCUUAAAGAGUAUCCCUCUGUGAAUUAAAAAAUUCGUCGAUUUUGUAUUUUGCUCUUUUGAAUAAAUCAAAUUGCAAAAUUAUCA